CUCUCGCUCAAAUCCAUCGAUAUUUACAUUCUGUUUCUCUCUCUCUCUAGAAAUCAAAAAAUUAGGGUUUUGUUUCCUUUCGCUCCAAAUUUUCAAAAGGCCCCAAUCUCCUUCAUCAUGUUUUGGAAGCUCAAUAAUCUCUCUUAUUCUUCUUCUCCUUCACCUAUCGAGUCUACCUUGGACAAGGAAAAUUUCACAUUGGAAGAGCUUUUGGAAGAAGAAGAUAUAAUCCAAGAAUGCAAAGCGUUAAACAGCCGCCUUAUUAAUUUCUUAAAGGAUAAAACUCAAGUCGAAAAGCUAUUACGGUAUAUCAUAGAGGAGUCUCCGGAGGAUGCUGACAGCGAACGUAAAUUCAAGUUUCCUUUCAUGUCUUGUGAGAUCUUUACAUGUGAAGUCGAUGUAAUUCUCAAAACAUUAGUCGAGGAAGAGGAGCUCAUAGAUUUGCUUUUCUCCUUCUUGGAACCAACGCGCCCGCAUAGUGCGUCGCUCGCAGGGUACUUUAGUAAGGUUGUGAUAUGUCUCAUGAUGCGGAAGACGAUCCCACUUAUGAAUUAUGUGCAAGCCCAUCAAUAUGUUUUCCAACAACUGGUUGAUUUAAUAGGGAUUACAUCAAUCAUGGAGGUGUUGGUUAGACUUGUUGGAGCCGAUGACCAUAUUUAUCCGAAUUCUACAGAUGUCAUGCAGUGGUUGGCCGAUAGUAAUUUGUUGGAGAUGAUAGUGGAUAAAUUAAGUCCUUCUAACCCUUCGGAAGUACACGCCAAUGCAGCAGAAACGUUAUGCACAAUAACACGAAGUGCACCGUCUCCUCUUGCUUCUAAACUUUCUAGUUCAAGUUUUGUUGCAAGGAUAUUUGGUCACGCAUUGGAAGAUUCACAUUCAAAAUCGGGACUUGUUCACUCAUUGUCUGUGUGUAUAUCUUUAUUGGAUCCAAACAGAUCACCACCUUCAUUUUUAUUUCAUUCUUUCCGUGGUCAACACUAUUACGAGUCAACCGUGCAAGUCAACCAAGAGACUGUAGGUGCAAUGCUGCCCAAACUCGGUGACCUGUUAAUCUUACUAAACGUCUCACUUGACGAGAAAGUCUUGCCAACUACGUAUGGCCAGUUAAAGCCUCCUCUAGGGAAGCAUCGUUUAAAGAUUGUCGAGUUCAUUGCGGUUUUAUUGAAGACCGGGAAUGAAAUUGCCGAACAGGAGUUGAUUAGCUCCGGAACUAUUCAAAGAGUUCUUGAUCUUUUCUUUGAGUACCCGUAUAAUAACGCUUUGCAUCAUCAUGUUGAGAGCAUAAUAGUUUCUAUCUUAGAAAGCAAAAACAAUAUUAUCAUCGAUCACCUAUUUCAAGAAUGCGGUCUCGUGAAAAAGAUUCUACAAACGGAUAAAAGUCCCAUCCUUUCCGGUGAAAUUGAUCAGCCGACACUGGCUGCUACCGGAAGAAAUGCACCGCGGGUUGGAAAUCUUGGUCAUGUGACACGUAUCGCCAAUAAAAUCAUACAGUUGGGAAAUAAUGAUAUCUGCAUUCAGACGCAUAUUCAGGAAAGUAGCGAAUGGAAUGAGUGGCAGACUACUGUUCUACAAGAACGCAACAUUGUUGAAAACGUGUAUCGGUGGGCUUGUGGUCGGCCAAGCGCGUUACACGAUAGAAAUAGGGAUAGUGAUGAGGAUGAUAUUCAUGACACCGAUUAUGAUGUUGCCGCUUUAGCAAAUAAUCUUAGUCAAGCAUUUCGGUACAGCAUUUAUGACAAUGAUGAGGGAAAUGAGAAUCUCGAUCGUGAUGAUGAGGAGGUUUACUUUGACGAUGAGUCUGCCGAAGUGGUUGUAUCAUCACUUGGUUUAGGUGAUGAUCAAGGCAGUUUAUUUACAAAUUCGAAUUGGUUCGCUUUUCAAAAUGACAAUGUGGGCGAGGACGAUGCACCUAUAAACGCCACUUCAUCCAAUGGCGGUACCGGUACGGGUACUGGUAAUGGUACUGGUACUGGUAAUGACAGUAGCGACGAUGAGGUGAUGGUUGGAGAAGAUGAAUCGGUACCAAACGGUACAACUUCUGAUUCUAAUCCAAAUCCUUUCGGUCAAGAUAGAUUCAAUACAGACGACAGUGAAAAUUACGAAAUAGCUCCUACAAUGUCUAUCAGUCCUAUUACAGAAGGCGAGUCGUUAACCAAUGGGACAUUGUCAAGUGACUCAGGGUCCGGGUCAACUGAGCGGAGUCAAAAGUCAAACGGUGCGGCAGCUUUGUUUGAAGAAGAUGUGGAGUUUGUGGGGGUGGAAGUUGAAGGGACCGAAAAGGCAAUCGAUCAAGCUCUUAAGCAAAACGGGGCCGUUAAAAAGGAAGAUUAAAGUAAUCCCAAAUAGAUCUGAUUAAGGAUAAUGUAGAAGAAGGUAGGGUACAGGAGAAGAUAGUUAUAAUUGUUUACAGAUUUUGAUCCUUUUUUUUUCACAGUUUAAUUUGGAUAUUUUGUUAAUUA